AUGGGUGUUCAUUCAUUAUGGGGGAUAUUGGAACCCACUUCUAGAGCUGUGAGGCUUGAGUCUCUAAGUAGGAAAAGGAUGGCUGUUGAUGCUUCAAUUUGGAUUUAUCAAUUCUUAAAAGCUGUUAGAGAUAAAAGUGGUAAUUCUUUAACAAGUUCACAUAUUGUUGGUUUUUUCAGAAGAAUAUGUAAAUUAUUAUAUUUUGGAAUCAUGCCAGUUUUUGUCUUCGAUGGUGGUGCUCCUGUAUUGAAAAGAGAAACUAUUAAUAAAAGAAAAGAACGAAGACAAGGGAAAAGAGAUGAUGCUACUAAAACUGCACAAAAAUUAUUAGCUAUUCAAUUACAAAAAAAUCAAGAAUCUCCAUCAAAGAAACAAAAACAAAAUGUUGAGGAAAAAAUUGAAGAAAAUCAGGAUGAUAUAGAUUAUAAAUAUUUUGAAGAUUUUAAUAAGCCAAAUGGUGGUUCAAUUAAUCAAGAACAAGAACAACCAAAAUUUAAAGGAACAGAUGAAUAUGAUUUACCCAAGAUUAAAGGAUUUGAAUAUGAUAAAAAUGAUCAAAGAGUAUCAACUGAAAAAUUUAAAGAUAUGUCUGAACAUUUAGAUGAAUUAGAAGGUAUAGAUUUAAAUACAAUAGAUCCUGCAUCAAAUGAAUUUCAAGAAUUACCAUUAACAACUCAAUAUAUGGUACUCUCACAAUUAAGAUUAAGAUCAAGAUUAAGAAUGGGUUAUUCAAAAGAACAAUUAGAAAAUAUUUUCCCUAAUAGUUUAGAUUUUUCGAAAUUUCAAAUUCAAAUGGUUCAAAAAAGAAAUUUUUUCACUCAAAGAUUAAUGAAUAUAACAGGUAUGGAUGAUUCUGAUCAAAAAACUCAAAGAAUUGCAGGUGAAAAGGAUAAAGAAUAUAAAAUACAUAAAACUGAAGGUGGUUGGGCUUUAAGUCUUGAUAAUGAUUCAGGUACAAGCUAUUCAAAUCCUGUUGAUCUUGAAAAAGAAGAUCGUAAAUUAAUGAAAAGACAAGAAAAUGGUGGGUUUGGUCAUAUAGGUGAUGAUGAUGAAGAUGAUGAUAUUGAUUGGGAAGAUGUUGACGUUGAGGCUAAACAAAAGGAAGAACGUGUUAGUCAUGCAAUGGCUUCAUUACCAUUACCACCAGCAGAAACUGUUUUAGGUGAAGAUUCAUCCGGUGUUAGAUCAUUUAUGGCUUACACACCACAGCAAAAGAAUAAACAUUCAAACAUAACUCAAGAAGAUUUAGAUAAUGACGAUGAUGGAUAUAAUAGUGGUGAAGAAGCUUUAAGACAAAUUGAAGAGAUUGAAUUGAUUGAAGCAAUUCAACGUUCUAAAAAGGAAUUGGCAAAGGAAAAAGAAAUGGAACAUCAAUUAUUAGGUGAUGAUAAUUCAAAUGUUAAAUCACCAGAUUCAUUAGAUAAAAAAUCAGGUAAAGCAUUAGAAGAUGAUGAUGAAUUUGAUGAAGAUUUUGAAGAUGUACCUUUUCAAGUUGAAGAAAAUCACGUUGUUGAAAAACCUAAAUCACCACAAAAGGAAACUUUAUUCAAAGGAUUACCAACAUUUGGUAAAACUUCAAGUGUAAUUAAUAAACCUAAAGAGGUUGAACCAAUUUCAAGAAAAACUUCCACUGAGAAAUCAAUAGAGAAGCAAAAUUCAGAUGAACAAAAAAGUGAAGAAGAAACUAAAAAAAAAUCAAUCCCAUCAGUACCAUCAUGGUUUAAUAGUACAUUUGAUAAUCCUUUUAAGAAUCUUGAGAAAUUAAAAUCUCAAAGAGAUAUACAAGAUAAACCAGAUGGUAUAGUUUCAUGGAGUGAAGCAAAAAAUUAUAUUGAAUCAAAAGAUAAAGAGGAUAUUAAUAAUGAUAAUGAUGAUAUAGUUGAAGUUAUACCACCUCCAAAUUUACCAUCCAAAGUAACUGAAUCAAAAGAUACAAAUACAACAGUUGAAGAAAAUGACAAAGUUGAAGAGAUUAAUGAUGAAAUUGAUGAUGUUGAACCUAUUAAUUUAGAUAAUAGUGAAGCAACACCAGCAGUUGUUGAUUAUGAUUUUGAAGAAGACGAAGAAGAACAAUUAAUGGAACAACUUGCUAAAGAGGAGAAAGAACAUGAAGAAUUUCAAAAAGAUUUAAAUCCUCAUAUAUUAAAUAAUUUUUUUGAUAAUGAAAAAUCAUUAAGAGAUCAACAAAAAAGAGAUUUAAGAGAUUCAGAUGAAGUUACAGUGACAAUGAUUAAAGAAGUUCAAGAAUUAUUAGCAAGGUUUGGUAUACCUUAUAUAACAGCACCAAUGGAAGCAGAAGCACAAUGUGCAGAAUUACUUCAAUUAAAUUUAGUUGAUGGUAUAAUUACAGAUGAUAGUGAUGUUUUCCUUUUUGGAGGUGGUAAAGUUUAUAAAAAUAUGUUUCAUGAAAAGCAUUAUGUUGAAUUUUAUAGUUCACAAGAUAUUGAAAGGGAAUUAGGUUUAACAAGACAAAAAUUGAUUGAAAUUGCACAGUUAUUAGGAAGUGAUUAUACAGAAGGUUUAAAGGGUAUUGGACCAGUUAAUGCUAUGGAGAUUUUAUCACAUUUUGGAGAUUUAACAAAUUUCCGUAAUUGGUUUGUUGAAACACAAUUUGAUAUUGGUAAACAACAAAAUGAAGAAAGUUUUUUAAAAAAUUUAAGGAAAAAAUUAAUUAAGAAUAAUAUAUUAUUAGAUAAUACAUUCCCAGAUAAAAGAAUUGAUCAAGCAUAUUUACAAGCUGAAGUGGAUAAAGAUAAAACUGAAUUUGUAUGGGGUACACCAGAUCUUGAUAGAAUUCGUACAUUUUUAAUGUCAAGUGUUGGAUGGAGUCAAGAUAAAGUUGAUCAAGUUCUAGUGCCAUUGAUAAAAGAUUUAAAUAAGAAGAAGAGAGAAGGAACACAAUCCACAUUGGGUGAGUUUUAUCCAGUUGAUAAUAGUAAUCGUAAGACUAUAAAAACAUUAAAGUUGGGUAAACGGAUGAAUGAUGCUAGUGAAAAGAUGAGUUCUGGUAAGAAAAGGCGAACCAAGAAGUGA